AAUAUCCAACGUGGCACUCUAAUUUCAAACCUUUUCAAGAACUAACUCACUUUCUCUCCCCUUUAUAUACUCAUUCUCCUUUCUCCUUCCUCCUUCGCUCAAUUACAUCUCGCCUUUCAUCUACAUCUAACUCACUCAGAAACCAAAAGAAAUGGGGAUUUGUGUUUCGUCUGAUUCUACCAACGUUGCUACAGCGAAAUUGAUUCUUAUUGAUGGAACAUUGGUUGAGUAUUCAUACCCGGUUAAAGUUUCUUACGUCCUACAAAAACAUCCGUCGAGUUUUAUCUGCAACUCGGACGAUAUGGAUUUCGACGACGUCGUUUACGCCGUUGACGAAGACGACGAGCUUCAACUCGGGCAGCUUUACUUUGCUUUACCGUUGGAGAGGCUGAAUCAGCGGAUGCAGGCGGAGGAAAUGGCAGCAUUGGCGGUUAAGGCGAGUUCGGCGCUAAUGAAGGGCGGAGGUGGUGGUGGGAUGGAGAAAUGUGGAUCUAGAGGGACGGCGGUUAUUCCGGUGGGAAAUUGCGAGGAGGAGGAGGGGUUUAGGAAGGAACCGAGAAAGGGGGGUUUGAAGAAGAAGGGUGGAAGUAGGAAAUUUAGGGCGAAGUUGAGUGCAAUUCCGGAAUAAUGGAGUUUUUGUUAGGGUUAAUAGUGUAAAUAUGAUAUGUUGCUCUUUGAGGAUGUUUCGUUUCUUUUGCAUCCCAUAGGCAAUGGCAUCUGAUUCUUUGUUGUCUACUUUUACAUAUUUACCCCUCAGUAUAAGAAAUUAUUUCUCCAAUUACUUUACACCAA